CUUUAUGAAUUAAAAAUCUCGAAAAUGUGCAGCUUAUCGUUGAUCACGAUGCUCGUAGUCCUUUCAGCCAUCGGAGGCGGCUCCGCAGUGGAAUACAGCGUGACGAACAACGCUGAGAACACUCCCGGUGGCGCCAAGUUCAACACCGACAUCGGCGCGGAUUAUAGCCGUCAAACACUAGAUGCUGCCACCAAUUUCAUAUGGGAUCUCUUCCAGCAGACUAACCCUGCCGAUCGGAAAUCCGUCGACGGAGUUAGCAUGUUCGUUGAUGACAUGGAUGGCGUUGCUUAUGCUUCCAACAACGAAAUCCAUGUUAGUGCAAGGUACAUCAAUGAUUUCUCGGGUGACGUGAAAAGGGAGAUCACGGGCGUACUGUACCACGAGACGACACACGUGUGGCAGUGGAACGGGAACGGGCAAUCAGUACCGGGCGGUCUGAUUGAAGGGAUAGCAGAUUUCGUGAGGCUCAAGGCAAAUUAUGCACCGGCACACUGGGUGGGGCCGGGUGGGGGCGACCGUUGGGAUCAAGGGUAUGAUGUGACGGCAAGGUUCCUAGAGUACUGCGACGGGCUGCAGAGCGGAUUUGUGGCGGAGCUGAACAAGAAGAUGAGAGAUGGUUACAGCCCAAGUUUCUUUCAGGAGUUGCUUGGAAAGUCGGUCGACACUCUCUGGGCAGAUUACAAAGCUGCAUAUGCCAAUUAAUUAGUUAAAUUUUGUCUAAGUGGAAAAUUUAACACUUUAUUUAUCAAUUUUACUAAGCAAUCAAUAAACUUUGCUUUGAACUUGGCAUAACCAA